AUGAAAGCGUUCAAUGCUGGUGAUCCGAAAGGUGCAGCAGCCGUUUACGAUCCUGACGGUUACUUCAUGCCAAACGGACGUCAUCCAGUCAAAGGACGUGCUGGGAUUGAAGAAUACUUUAAAGAAGAUAUGGGAGAUGGCGUGCAAACAGCUCAGAUAAUCACUGAAGAAGUUAAUGGCAGCGGAGACUGGGCAUUUGAGAGAGGGAGCUAUCAUUUAGACGGGACUCGUGGCAGAGAAAGCGGUGCCUACCUGCAAGUGUGGAAAAAGGUUCGUACUUUCUGA